UCGAAACACCACGUGUCCCAGACCGUCGCAAAAAUUCCUCGCCCUCACUAACUUGUGACGUUUUCAUUGGCCGAACCUCCACGCCCACUUAUCCAUCCAAAACACCGGAUCCUGACUUCUUAAAACCCUAAACUCGCUCACUUUUUCGUAUCCCAAAACCCUAACCCCCGUUCUGUUCCUCCUCACUUCUGCUCUCUCUCUCUCUCUCUCUCUCUCUCUAGAAUAAUCACGGCGGUGAAGAUGGUGGGUGACAAGGGCAAGAAGUUGAAGGUGGGAGAGAAAGGAGAAGAGGAAAACGCAGAGCACAUCGACGGAGAUCUCGUCCUGUCCAUCGAGAAGUUGCAGGAGAUUCAAGACGAGCUCGAAAAAAUUAAUGAAGAGGCAAGUGACAAAGUCUUGGAAGUUGAGCAGCAGUACAAUGAGAAACGCAAACCCGUCUAUGAGAAGCGUAAUGAUAUUAUCAAGUCCAUUCCUGACUUCUGGCUAACUGCUUUUCUGAGUCAUCCUGCUCUUGGCGACCUUGCGAACGAAGAGGACAAAAAGAUAUUUAAGUAUCUAAGUUCUCUCGAAGUGGAGGAUUUUAAAGAUGUGAAGUCGGGUUACUCAAUUACAUUUAAUUUCAGAUCCAAUCCUUACUUUGAAGACACCAAGCUCACGAAGACUUUUACCUUUCUUGAUGAAGGAACAACAAAAGUUACUGCAACUUCAAUAAAGUGGAAAGAAGGCAUGGGCAAUCUUAAUGGAGUUGCUAAUGAGAAGAAAGGUAACAAGCGGCCUCAUGGUGAUGAAAGCUUCUUCACCUGGUUCACUGAAACCCAGCCGAAAGACGAUGUGGAUGAUUUCCAAGAUGAGAUUGCGGAGAUAAUCAAGGAAGAUUUGUGGCCCAAUCCUCUCACUUUUUUCAGCAAUGAGGCUGAUGAAGAUGAUUCUGAUGGUGAAGAAGAUGAAAUAGAGCUAGUAGGCAGCUCUGAAGACGAUGAUGAGCAAGAAGAUGACGACGACAAUGAGGGUGAUGACGAGGAUGGGAAUUAAGCUUUCUUCCACAGCUGAGCUUACGUUGUUUUGGCUUUCACCGCUUUGGCAUAGCUCACAUGAUAGGUGGGGGUCUUUUGAGGUUGUAAAGAACCAAGCAUCCUGAUUUUCCUGCCAAUGUCGUUGGAGGUUCUCAGACCUUAUCUUCUCCAUCGAGGCGUAGCUUUCUGUUUUCUUUUCCUCUGUCAUGUUGGUCUACGAAUGAACUCCACUACGAAAGAGUCAAAUUAUACUUUUAGAUGUAAAGCUGUUUGGGUGACCUAUAUAUGCACAGAUUUUAGUGUGCCUUCGUUUGGGCUUUUGAGAGUAUCCUGAAUUUGCUUCACAGUA